GUGCUUAUUACUACUGAUGUACUAUUAAUAUAUGUUUACUGUUUGUUUUGUGUCUGACUUCCCCACUCCUCUCAUUAGAAUGUGAGCUCCAGGAGAGGUCUUUGUCUGUUUUGUUCACUACCACAUACUCAGAGCCCAGGUCAGUGUCUAGUGCAUAGUAAAGUGCUUAAUAAAUAUGUGCGGAAUGAGUAAAUUCUUUGACGUUUGAAAUCAGAGACUUUAAACUGGAAAGUCCUUAGAAACAAUGUAGUCCAAUCUCUUCAUUUUAAAACGGAGGAAGCUGUGGCCCAGACAGGUGAAAUGACUUGUUCAAGGACAAACAGGUAGUGGAUGUCACUGACUUUUAUAUAUAUAUAGUUUGGAUUAUAUUACAAAUUUUGUUCUAUAGUGAAAUGGUUUGGCUGUGUCCCCACGCGAAUAUCAUCUUGAAUUCCCACAACACAUGGGAGGGACCCAGUGGAAGGUAACUGAAUCAUGGGGCAGGUCUUUCCCAUGCUGUUCUUGUGAUAGUGAAUAAGUCUCAUGAGAUCUGAUGGUUUUAAAAAGGGGAGUUUCCCUGCACAAGCUCUCUCUUCUCUUGUUUGCCACCAUGUGAGACACGACUUUCACCUUUUGCCAUGAUUGUGAGGCCUCUCCAGCCACGUGGAACUGUAAGUCCAUUAAACCUCUUUCUUUUGUAAAUUGCCCCGUCUCAGGUAUGUCUUUAUUAGCAGUGUGAGAAUGGGCUAACACAUACAACUUGCUUUUUUUUGUACUCAAUAUUGAGUCGUGAGCUUUGCACCACAUUAGAAUGUCUAUUUAAGUCAUUUAAGGUCGGUUCUAUUUUUAAAGCUACUCAAACUAAGCUACUAAACAUAAGUGGAUAUAUUUAAGUGUAUGUAUAAAAUUUAUACUAGGCCAGCUGCAGUGGCUCAUGCCUGUAAUCCCAAAGCUGUGGAAGGUAGAGGUGGGACUGAUUGAGGCCACGAGUUCAAGGCUGCAGUGAGCUGUGAUUGCAUCACUGUACUCCAGCCUGAGGGACAGAGCAGGAACCAGAAAAAAAUAAAAUAAAAAGAAACAAACAAAAAAACCCCCAACAACCCUACAGUGGCUCUUUUAGAAAAAACAAACAAACAAAACCAAAACUGUACUGCAUGCAUAAGCUCCCCUAUGCUAUGUUUGAACCACUCUGAAGAGAUCAAUUAAAAAGAAGUGAGUGAUAUUGGAAGCAUGCCUCUGUGAUGCUGUGGUAACAUUCAUAGGCUGCGUUAGGGCUAUGCCUGUAACUCUUGGAGAUGAGUGGGUAAGUGGGGUUUUGAGGUGGCUGGGGGCUGGAAGAGAAGGUUGGAGGAGCCCACACAAGACAGCCCCUUAACACGCCGGGGCACAGAACCCCAGGCUGGGCCAACUUUUCCCUGCUGAGGUGAAGACCCGUCUCUUGCAGGCCGUUGGCAAAUGUCUUGACUCUGGCAUCCAGGUGUGACCAGCUUAGACCCUGAGAGUGAGUGAAUUUAAAGUUGACAGCUUCUUUCCCUUUUGGAGUUAUGAAAUAGGUUACUUCUUUUCAAGGACAGUUUGAUUUUCAACUGUGUAAGUCAUAUAUUGCACAUUUGUUUAAACAUUCCCUUUUUUCCUGAACUGAUCACCUUACCAGUACGGCUGAUCCUCUCAAGCAGCAAACUCUACCAGCUGUCACUGGUGCUCUCGGAGAGAGGAUUAACCAAGAAACCCAGCCCAGGAACAGUACUGACCUCUACUUCUGGACUCCUGCCUCCCUCUUAAAAAGUCCCUUGAACUUCCUAGUGGGUUCUAACCUGUCAAAGGAGAAAAUAGCCAUCUAUGGAGUAAGGGUUUUUAGUUUCUCUUUUUACAAAUGGAAGUUUCCUUUGAAUCAGGCAAGUAACGUUAAAUAGAAGCCAACUUUUAAGUUUCUCUAACACACUGCUAAAUUAUAACACCAGACUAUACCACAUACUCUCCAGCUGCCAGCUAUUGCAGUUGCCAUCCUUGUUACUAUAGUGCUGAGUAUCUGUGCCUGUCAUGCAUGAGAGAGGGGGUCGAUUCCCCGACGGGGAGGUCACGGAAAAUUGUGUGAGGAUUUUGUCAACCUUCAGAAGUCUCAGAAAUGUCUCCUUGUUUUGGCUUUCAGCGGAAAUCCGAACGCCAGAAGAUCUGAGUGGAAUGUUCUGGAUUGAAGAAAGUGGGAAAUGGCCUCAAUUCACAAAAUCACAGCCUGAUAGAAACCAGUGUGACUUUACUGCCCAGUGAACCCAUCUCGUCCUCCAGCCUUUAGGAGGUAGGUUGGACUGGAGCCUGCAGUAGUUUACUCUCCACCUGAGUCCUGGUCUCCGGCUGGGAACCCACUUAGGCUAUAGAGAAAAACGCACACUGUGCCUCUCCACCGGGCCUCUGGAGACGAGGCUCCUCGGGGAUACAAACACUGGGGAGAACAUGAGGGACAUCCCGACCGUACACUGCGUCCUCCUUUCCCAGGUGUUGCGUUCUCUCUUGGGCUGAGUGGCGAGGUCUCUCCCGAGUCCCAGGGCCACAGUGCAAUGUGACAUCUCCUUUGUGGAAAGUGACUGGUAAAGGAGAGAGAACAAAACUGGAGGAACGUAAAGUCUUCGGCCAGCUGGUUUAAUUUAUUCAAGAGUGAUUAAUCCUAGAUGAGAAAAAGAAUUGAAAUGGAUCGGAAAAAGGCUGAGAGUGCAUUGGCCGGGAAUCGAACCCGGGCCUCCCGCGUGGCAGGCGAGAAUUCUACCACUGAACCACCAAUGCUACUGUCGGCUAAAGACCUGCAGUAUUGUCUCUUAAAGCUCACUAUCUCUGGCCAUUCACUAAGGAACCAGGCACCAUCUUAAAUCGCGGUUUGGAAAAUAUUUUGUUCAAGAUAAAACCGUUUUAAGAUAUACGUGUAUAUAUCUUAUAUAUCUGUAUUCGCAUGGUAACAUAUCUUCGGCCUUCCUGAGCCGCUGGGCUCUCAGCGGCCCUCCAAGGCAGCCCGCAGGCCCCUGUGUGCCUCAGGGAUCCGACCUCCCACAGCCCCCGGGAGACCUUGCCUCUAAAGUUGCUGCUUUUGCGGCCUCUGCCACAACCGCGCGUCCUCAGAGCCAGCCGCGAGGAGCUAGAACCUUCCCCGCAUUUCUUUCAGCAGCCCUGAGUCAGAGGCGGGCUGGCCUGGCGUAGCCGCCCAGCCUCGCGGCUCAUGCCUCGAUCUGCCCGAACCUUCUCCCGGGGUCAGCGCCGCGCCGCGCCACCCGGCUGAGUCAGCCCGGGCGGGCGGGCGGAGGCUCUCAACUGGGCGGGAAGGUGCGGGAACUUUCGCGAAAGUUCGCGGCGGCGGGGGUCGGGGGAGGCGCAAAAGGAUAAAAAGCCCGUGGAAGCGGAGCUGAGCAGAUCCGAGCCGGGCUGGCUGGAGAGAAACCACAGGGAGAGCCUCACUGCUGAGCGCCCCUCGACGGCGGAGCGGCAGCCGCCUCCGUGGCCUCCAGCAUCCGACAAGAAGCUUCAGCCAUGCAUGCCCCACGGGAGCUCGCGGUGGGCAUCGACCUGGGCACCACCUACUCGUGCGUGGGCGUGUUUCAGCAAGGCCGCGUGGAGAUCCUGGCCAACGACCAGGGCAACCGCACCACGCCCAGCUACGUGGCCUUCACCGACACCGAGCGGCUGGUCGGGGACGCGGCCAAGAGCCAGGCGGCCCUGAACCCCCACAACACCGUGUUCGAUGCCAAGCGGCUGAUCGGGCGCAAGUUCGCGGACACCACGGUGCAGUCGGACAUGAAGCACUGGCCCUUCCAGGUGGUGAGCGAGGGCGGCAAGCCCAAGGUGCGCGUGUGCUACCGCGGGGAGGACAAGACGUUCUGCCCCGAGGAGAUCUCGUCCAUGGUGCUGAGCAAGAUGAAGGAGACGGCCGAGGCGUACCUGGGCCAGCCCGUGAAGCACGCAGUGAUCACCGUGCCCGCCUAUUUCAAUGACUCGCAGCGCCAGGCCACCAAGGACGCGGGGGCCAUCGCGGGGCUCAACGUGUUGCGGAUCAUCAAUGAGCCCACGGCAGCUGCCAUCGCUUAUGGGCUGGACCGGCUGGGCGCGGGAGAGCGCAACGUGCUCAUUUUUGACCUGGGUGGGGGCACCUUCGAUGUGUCGGUUCUCUCCAUUGACGCCGGUGUCUUUGAGGUGAAAGCCACUGCUGGAGAUACCCACCUGGGAGGAGAGGACUUCGACAACCGGCUCGUGAACCACUUCAUGGAAGAAUUCCGGCGGACGCAUGGGAAGGACCUGAGCGGGAACAAGCGUGCCCUGCGCAGGCUGCGCACAGCCUGUGAGCGCGCCAAGCGCACCCUGUCCUCCAGCACCCAGGCCACCCUGGAGAUAGACUCCCUGUCCGAGGGCGUGGACUUCUACACUUCCAUCACUCGUGCCCGCUUUGAGGAACUGUGCUCAGACCUCUUCCGCAGCACCCUGGAGCCGGUGGAGAAGGCCCUGCGGGAUGCCAAGCUGGACAAGGCCCAGAUUCAUGACGUCGUCCUGGUGGGGGGCUCCACUCGCAUCCCCAAGGUGCAGAAGUUGCUGCAGGACUUCUUCAACGGCAAGGAGCUGAACAAGAGCAUCAACCCUGAUGAGGCUGUGGCCUAUGGGGCUGCUGUGCAGGCAGCCGUGUUGAUUGGGGACAAGUGUGAGAAAGUGCAGGAUCUCCUGCUGCUGGAUGUGGCUCCCCUGUCUCUGGGGCUGGAGACAGCAGGUGGGGUGAUGACCACGCUGAUCCAGAGGAACGCCACUAUCCCCACCAAGCAGACCCAGACUUUCACCACCUACUCGGACAACCAGCCUGGGGUCUUCAUCCAGGUGUAUGAGGGUGAGAGGGCCAUGACCAAGGACAACAACCUGCUGGGGCGUUUUGAACUCAGUGGCAUCCCUCCUGCCCCACGUGGAGUCCCCCAGAUAGAGGUGACCUUUGACAUUGAUGCUAAUGGCAUCCUGAGCGUGACAGCCACUGACAGGAGCACAGGUAAGGCUAACAAGAUCACCAUCACCAAUGACAAGGGCCGGCUGAGCAAGGAGGAGGUGGAGAGGAUGGUUCAUGAAGCCGAGCAGUACAAGGCUGAGGAUGAGGCCCAGAGGGACAGAGUGGCUGCCAAAAACUCGCUGGAGGCCCAUGUCUUCCACGUGAAAGGUUCUUUGCAAGAGGAAAGCCUUAGGGACAAGAUUCCCGAAGAGGACAGGCACAAAAUGCAAGACAAGUGUCGGGAAGUCCUUGCCUGGCUGGAGCACAACCAGCUGGCAGAGAAGGAGGAGUAUGAGCAUCAGAAGAGGGAGCUGGAGCAAAUCUGUCGCCCCAUCUUCUCCAGGCUCUAUGGGGGGCCUGGUGUCCCUGGGGGCAGCAGUUGUGGCACUCAAGCCCGCCAGGGGGACCCCAGCACCGGCCCCAUCAUUGAGGAGGUUGAUUGAAUGGCCCUUCGUGAUAAGUCAGCUGUGACUGUCAGGGCUAUGCUAUGGGCCUUCUAGACUGUCUUCUAUGAUCCUGCCCUUCAGAGAUGAACUUUCCCUCCAAAGCUAGAACUUUCUUCCCAGGAUAACUGAAGUCUUUUGACUUUUUGGGGGGAGGGCGGUUCAUCCUCUUCUGCUUCAAAUAAAAAGUCAUUAAUUUAUUAAAACUUGUGUGGCACUUUAA